AAACAAUAUUUUGGAGUCCAAACACUUUAAAAGAACACUUUCCCCUCUGUUUGUGCAGAGAGAGAAAUGGCGGAUUCAUUCGACGAAGAGUGCGAUUAUCUGUUCAAGGCGGUUCUGACGGGCGAUUCCGGCGUCGGAAAAUCCAAUCUCCUCUCCCGUUUCGCCAGAGCCGAGUUCCGAUUGGAUUCCAAACCUACCAUCGGCGUCGAAUUCGCUUACCGGAAUAUCAAGGUCGCCGAUAAACUCAUCAAGACCCAAAUCUGGGACACCGCCGGCCAAGAAAGAUUUAGGGCAAUUACAAGCUCUUAUUAUCGAGGAGCAUUGGGAGCAUUGCUAGUAUAUGAUAUAACUCGAGCGGUCACAUUUGAGAAUGUGAAGAAGUGGCUACGAGAGCUAAGAGAUUUUGGGAAUUCGGACAUGGUCAUUGUUCUAGUUGGGAAUAAAAGUGAUUUGAGCCAUUCUCGAGAAGUGCAUGAAGAAGAAGGACGGCGUUUGGCAGAGUCUGAAGACUUGUUUUUCAUGGAAACUUCUGCCAUGGAUAAUGUGAACGUGGAAGAGGCAUUUCUUGAAAUGGUUCGUAGGAUCCAUGCGAUUGCUUCCCAGAAAAGCCUAAAUUUACCGAAACGAAUUGAAAAGCUUGUUGCUUUUCCAAAUGGAAAAGAGAUUGUUCAUGAAGUUACUCCUACCAAACCCAAUUCAUAUUGUUGUUAUUUAUGAAAUUUUAAUUUUAAAUAGCGGGUUUACCUUAUAUU